AUGUCGUCCCAAGAGAUCAUCGCCAGCCAAAGAGAAAACGCGGAGAUAUACCACGGCGACGACCUCUUCAAGGAGAAAUCUCGCGAGCUGCUGGAGAGGUGCUCGCUGCCGAAUGGGCUCCUGCCCUUAAACGACGUCGUUGAGGUGGGGUACAACGAGUCCACUGGCUUCGUGUGGCUGAAGCAGAAGAACAAGAAGCAGCACAAGUUCCGGAGCAUCGACCGCAGCGUGACGUACGAUACGGAGGUGACGGCGUUCAUGGAGGACCGUCGGAUGAAGAGAGUGACGGGUGUCAAGAGCAAGGAGCUCCUCAUCUGGCUCACCGUCUCCGACAUUUUCAUCGACGACCCCUCCUCCGGGAAGAUCACCUUCGCCACCCCAACCGGGUUUUCGCGAACGUUCCCAGUCUCGGCCUUUGAGGUUGAUGAUGAGAAGUAA